GUGAGACUGGCUGCGAAGUCGACAGAGAAACAUAUUGAAAAAGAUCCGUUUAUCUACUGUAUCCUAUCGCUGAACUUCUGAGCAAUCAGCUAUGAUAAAUCUUCAGUCUGCCACACACUAAUCCUUCUUCCUGUUCAACUUUACUCGGUUAUCUUGAGAUGUUUUCAGGACUUUGGAAGCUGGAUGGCCGAAGCUGGAAGAGAUCUAGCCCGUCGACAAAACCAGUCAUUCUAACUGUUCACAGAAAUUACACCUUUCAUAUUUCUGAUGGGAGCAACAUCUGCUUGAAAGAAGGGGAUAUUCUUGUAUUGUUACGCAAGCUUGACAAUGACUGGUGGCAAGUUAGGAAAAUAGGAGACAGUGAAUGUACCACCCCUUUCCGUGUGCCCUCCACCUGCAUCAAUGAGCUGAUUGCUGGGAAGUGUGUGGGACGCAAAAACAAAACCGUGGAAGGAACCAAAUCAUUCCACAGAUCCCAGGAUAACCUUCUAGUACCUGGUAAUAUCUCCUCUAUAAUGGAGCAUAAGUCAUGCAACAUACCUCAUUGUGAUACUUGUCAGAUGGAAACAAAUAAAAUCUCCUAUUCUACCAGCAAACACAAAAAAUCGGCUAGUUUCUCCCUGAGUUCCUCUUGGCAUGGGCAGUUUCCCAAGAAUGAAAAGCAGAAGAUUCAUAAAAGUGUUUCAGAAAAGGUGAGUUUAGAUAACACAAUGCAAGAAAAUCCGGUCUACUGUAAUUUGGAAGAAAUUAAGCAAUCGAAAGGGACUCCUCCCAAUCCAACAUGUAGCCCUGUUCAGAUUCUGGAGAACUGGGAGUGCCACUUCGAUCCAAUAACGGGCAGAAACUUCUUCAUUAACAUGGAGACAAGGGAGAAAACAUGGAAGCCACCCAGGAGAUCUAAGGACAGAAAGGUAGGUAACAAUUCAACUCAUGAUUAUCUGAAAAUAGCAUUUUCCUUUUCCACCAAGAACUAG